UAUGCCACUAUCGAACCAUUUUAUCUGCAUUUUAUCAUAUUAAUUUGAAGCUUAAAUACCAGUUUAGUAAAUUAAAAUGGAUUUGGAACAAUAUCCUAUUCGAGUAUUUGUGUAAAAGUGCCACCAAAGAAUAAUAGAAACAAGUUUUUAAACGAUGGAGUCAGCGCCGCAGGACAGUGUCUGCGUGAAGGCUGAGCCUUGUGAGGAACAGUGUACAGCAAAUGAGCCUAAAUUCGAGAAAGUGACAGUGAAAAUUGAGCCUUUAGAUGAUGAGCAAGAAAAGGACGAGUUCGAAUACGAUAGUGUGCGUAUAAAAACUGAGCCUUCGUGCUCUGGUUUGAGUAUAAAAGAAGAGUCGCACGUUAAGGAAGAGAUCGAGAUUGGCCCCGUGGUAGUGGAGCGGCGACCAACAGCAUUCAGCGUUCAAGUAGAAGUGAAGCAGUCAGUCGAUACACCUCCCGCCAGCCCUCGCAGCUCCGGAGCCAGCGUAGACAGGGCCAGGAACAAAGGGAAAGCUAAGACAAACAAGAAAGGCAUUGUUAAGGAAGAGGCUGUAUUCCUGGAUGAAGAGGAGCGCGUGAAGGAGGAGUGGUCGGGCAGCACGGCCGGGCGCGGCGUGAGCGAGGCAGCCAUGCUGGCCGACUUGUACAUUGAGAUCGAGGUGCCCGUAGCAGCCCCGGCCGCCCUAUUUAAUAGUGUCGCAGCGUCCGCUCUCGUCUCCGCCGAGCCCGCACACACACCCAGUGCCAUCGCCACCGGCUAUCAGUGUCGCCAUUGCGGCAAACGUUUCAAUAACAAGUAUGUUCUGAAGAUGCACGUAAACACUCACUCAGACGACAAGCCUUUCAGCUGUACCCACUGUAGCUAUAAGAGUAGAAGAAAAUACCAUUUACAAAGUCACCUAAUGACUCACACCGGCGAGAAGCCAUUCAGUUGCAGUCACUGUAGCCAUAAGAGUAAAACUAAAGGAGAAUUACUAAAGCACCAGAGGACCCACACAGACCAAAUGCGUUUCAGUUGUAGUGAUUGUGAUUACAAGUGUAGAAGAAAAGACCAGAUACAAAUUCACCUAAUGAAACACACAGGCGAAAUGCCUUUCAGUUGUAGCUACUGUGAUUACAAGUGUAGAAGAAAAGUCAAAUUACAAGUCCACCUGAUGACACACACAGGCGAGAUGCCUUUUACUUGUAGCCUGUGUGACUACAAGUGUAGAAGAAAAGAUCGCUUAAAACUUCACCUAAUGACUCACACCUUCAGCUGUAGAUGGUGUGAAUACAAGUGUAGUAUAAAAAGUGAUCUACUGGUGCAUCAGAAAACUCACACAGACACAAAGCCUUUCGGUUGUAGCCAAUGUGAUUACAAAUGUAGAAGAACAACGGAUUUACAGAGGCAUCUGAGGACUCACACAGAUGAGAAACCAUACAGUUGCAGCCACUGUGAUCACAAGUGUCGAAGAAAAGACCAGUUAAAAAGGCACCUAAUGAGUCACACUGGCGACUAGCUUUUUGGUGUGCAUAGUGUAGUUACAACUCUAUAAGUACAAUAUAUGUGGAUGUGGACUUUGUUACUACAAUCUACUGUAUUUACCAUUAUACAAACAAUGUAUUUACCAUUUACUCAGUAUUUUACCACCUUCUAUAUUUGUCGUGUAGUCUGGAGUCAGCCCUCGAUAAGUUUCCAAGAAUUUUGAUAGCCUUGCCGAUGUAAGGGUAAACGUCAUCAUUUCAGCGAAGUUUAACAUUCACGUUUUGACGACCGGUUUGGCCUAGUCGGUAGUGACCCUGCCUGCUACGCCGCGGUCCCGGAUUCGAAUCCCGGUAAGGGCAUUUAUUUGUGUGAUG